AUGGGUGCUGCUGCUAAGACUGUUUGGGCUCUGAUAUUCAUAACCGUGCUAAACGUCGCCGUUUUCCGGCCCACCUCAUCAGAUCCAAGCGACGAGGCUUGCCUGACCCACCUAAGCCAAUCCAUACAAGACGCAACAAAGUCCCUCCAGAACUGGACCAAAUCCACCUUCGCAAACCCAUGUAGCGGCUUCACCUCCUACCUCCAAGGCGCCACCUGCAACAAUGGCAGAAUCUACAAGCUCUCCCUCACGAACCUCGCUCUGCGCGGCUCAAUCUCGCCGUUUUUGGCCAACUGCACCAACCUCCAAGCCCUCGACCUCUCCUCCAACUUCCUCACCGGCCCAAUCCCAUCGGACCUCCAGUACUUGGUCAACCUCGCCGUCCUGAACCUCUCCUCCAAUCGGUUGCAGGGCCCAAUCCCGCCGCAGCUCACAUUGUGCGCCUACCUCAACGUCAUCGAUCUCCACGACAACUUACUCACCGGAACGAUCCCUCAGCAAUUGGGCCUUCUUGUCCGGCUUUCGGCUUUCGACGUCUCAAACAACAAGCUUUCGGGGCCGAUACCGGUUUCUUUGGGAAAUCGGAGUGGGAAUUUGCCGAGGUUUAAUGCCACGUCGUUCGAUGGCAACAAGGAGCUUUAUGGGUACCCUUUGGCCCCUCUGAAAAGCAAAGGGCUUUCGGUUUUGGCCAUUGUUGGGAUCGGAUUGGGAAGUGGGUUUGCGAGUUUGGUGCUUAGUUUCACUGGUGUGUGCAUAUGGUUGAAAAUUACAGAGCGCAAGAUGGCUCUUGAAGAAGGCAAGGUCAGCCACCUCAUGCCUGAUUAUUGA